AUGGCCGAGUUCCUGAGUCAAAGGAAUGAAGAUAUGACCGUGACUGCAGUUGGAGGUGUAGUCAAUACGCUUUUUCUUCACAACCGCAUGUCCACCCACGACGUUGAUAUCUUCGGAUCGAAUCUCAAUAACAAUUCCCGAGUACUGUUUGACGAGGCGAUGCAAUAUGCUAUCCGCCGUAGUUCCGCGCCGCUUGGUACAGACUGGUUUAAUACAGAAAAUCAGAUCUGGUUGUCGCCGUCACUUCACCGAGAAUUGACUGAAGAGGCAAUGCGACAGAAUGUAGUCGUGUUUCAUCGGCGCGGGCUCAAGGUGCUGGCCUGCACCAUGGAAUUAUGCCUUCUCGGGCAAAAUUUCCAGACUGCUCACAGGAGGGUCUCAGAUUCGCCCCUACGACUUAGCCGACGCCGUUCAUUAUCUCCAUCAGUUCAUCAGCUGUCACGGUGGCCGACCCGUUUCACUGGCUAUAAUCGAGGGAUGGGCUAG